AUGCGACGUAAGAAUAAUUUCAUUAAAAUAUUGAUGAUCGGUGUUGUUAUAACCACAGCGGGAUAUUUUUAUUUUUCUCUAAAAGACUUAAAAACUAUUGUUUAUGGCGUGUACAAUGACAGAAUACAAGUGAAUCAAAAGCGUUUAGAAAAUGUGGCGGAGGUUAAAAUCAUUGAGGAUAAGAUAAUUGAACAAAAUAGCGUAAUAGAAGAUGAGAGACCGAGUGACGAAGAUAGACCAAAGUACAUUUUACAGUGGACGUCAAAAUCAGCUGUGCCUUUUGCUUACAUGGGACAAGGGAAAGAAGGAUUCACAAGCAGAAACUGCGAGUACACAAAUUGCAUCGUGACAAAUGACAGAUCUCUACUGGGAGACUAUACUAAAUUCGAUGUCAUAGCUUUCAAUGGGCCGGAAGUUGUUAGAAUGUCCGAACAAAGCUUACCACAAAAGAGGUCGCCUCAUCAGAAAUUUGUUUUCGCAACUAUAGAAUCAGCGGAUAAUUAUCCUGUCUGCUCAGAUAGGUUUAACAACUUUUUCAAUUGGACCUGGACAUACAGAUUAACUUCCGAAGCCAAAUGGGGUUAUAUGGCGAUAAGAGAUGAAAAUAAAAAAGUUAUCGGGCCUAACUUGAACAUGAAUUGGUUAGAUUUUGAUGAAAUGAAACCUGUGUCAGAUGAAGUAAAGGAAAAACUGAGAAAGAAAACUAAGGCAGUGGCGUGGUUCGUCUCAAACUGUUCAUCGCGAAGUAGGAGAAAAGACUUCGCAAAUAGAUUAGCGGCUGAAUUAACAAAGUACGGUUUAAGCAUAGACAUUUAUGGAGCCUGUGGUCCAUUAAAAUGCGAUCGUGGUAAAGAAGAGGAGUGUAAUGAAAUGCUCGAAAGAGAUUACUAUUUUUAUUUAGCAUUCGAGAAUUCGUUUUGUGAAGAUUAUGUCACUGAGAAAGCGUUAUGGCCAUUAAUAUAUCUAACAGUUCCUAUAGUUUAUGGAGGAGCAAAUUAUUCAAGGUUUAUACCGGAUAGUGCCUAUCUAAAUGCAAGGGAAUUGGGCGAGGAAAACUUAGCCAGAAUAAUAAAAGAGCUCAUCGAUAAUCCCGAUCAAUACGAACAGCAUUUCAAAUGGACAAAUCAUUAUUCAUAUCACACCAGGGGCAGUAGCAGAGAAACAGAUGACUAUUGUAGAUUCUGUUCUAUUCUAUACGAUGAAAAAUUAGUGAAAACGAAGUCUGUGUAUGAAAACUUUAGAGAAUGGUGGGAUCCUCCUUCAAGAUGUUAA